CGUGUCCCGCCGGCAGAGGACGCAAAUACGUGGCUUUGGGGUGGGCUCAGAGAGGAAGAGGCUGCGGUUUCGUUUAGCGACGGCUAACUACAUAGCAGUGUUGACAAGAAGUCCGCUCCGUGUAGUGUCUUACUAGUAUUAAAGUUUAACCAGACCGGUUCUUAAGUAUAGUCGUCCGCGUCUCCGCGCUACGCCAAGAUGAGCUUCUUGUUUGGCAGUCGCUCGUCCAAAACCUUCAAGCCCAAGAAGAACAUCCCAGAGGGCUCGCACCAGUACGAGCUGCUGAAACACGCCGAGGCCACGCUGGGCAGCGGGAACCUGCGGCAGGCCGUCAUGCUGCCGGAGGGGGAGGACCUUAACGAGUGGAUCGCCGUCAACACGGUGGAUUUUUUUAACCAGAUCAACAUGCUCUAUGGAACAAUCACAGAGUUCUGCAGUGAAACCAGCUGCUCUGUCAUGUCUGCUGGUCCUAGGUAUGAGUACCACUGGGCCGACGGCACCAACAUCAAGAAGCCCAUCAAGUGCUCGGCCCCGAAGUACAUCGACUACCUGAUGACCUGGGUCCAGGACCAGCUGGACGACGAGACCCUCUUCCCCUCCAAGAUCGGAGUCCCCUUCCCCAAGAACUUCAUGUCCGUUGCCAAGACGAUCCUGAAGCGUCUGUUCCGGGUUUACGCCCACAUCUACCACCAGCACUUCGACUCUGUGAUGCAGCUGCAGGAGGAGGCCCAUCUCAACACCUCCUUCAAGCAUUUCAUCUUCUUCGUCCAGGAGUUCAACCUUAUCGACCGGCGAGAGCUGGCUCCUCUUCAGGACCUGAUCGAGAAGCUGGGAUCCAAGGACAGAUGAACACACACACACACACACACACACACACACACACACACACACACACACACACACACACACACACACACACACACACACACACACACACACACACACACACACACCUGUUUAAUACAUAACCGACUAGCUCUUCUGCGUCUCCCGCCUGGCGCUACCUCUGUGACGUCUCCUAUGAUCUCUGUGCCUUUUUUUUUCAACCUUCUCGGCCUGUACCGUUGUAGUAUUGCCCCGUCUGUUCCUCUUACAUCUCUUGAUGUCCCCUCGUCGCGGAACCUUUAAGAGAUAUUUCCAUGUGUGUUGAACCAGCAGAGUAUGGGGCUGUUAGUUAAGGAUAACUUGUGGCUCACUAAUUGGUAGGAGGGACACGCUCAUCUGUGCUUUGGACCAAGGGAAUCGGGAGGUUAAAUCAAAAGCAGCAUUCUUAUUUCAGGAAACGUUGGUGUAUAGAGUUAUAGUUUUCAAAACCAUUUUACAUACUAUGAUUUUGUUCUUUUUUUUUUUACUUGAUAGUUAAACUAAUUAUGAUUUAUCAUUUUUAGAUUUAGCCAUUUGGGUGACCAAAUAAUCCAAUUGAAGAGUUUUAUAUAUUUGCUUGGUGAGUAUUUUCGUCAUUAGUGAUGGGGGAAGAUGGGUAAAAAAAUGUAUACAGGAGGUUUAAGAAACAAAUCAAACUGCUGUCUGCGAGGGCAGGAUACAACUCCCUCCCUGAGUGAGAUACAGUGGACCGUUUAUAAUUGUAAGGAGACAUGAAAAUGGAUAUAGCCUCAUUAGAUUCGUUUUUGGCUAUUUGAAUUUGGUCAUGCAAUAUUGAGUUUUUUGCACAUGUUUUUUUCUGCUUUAUUUUAUUUUUUACAUGGGGUUAUUGAAAUAUAACAUUAUUGUAAUUAGACGGUCACUUUCUACGCCUUAGAACCACUUUCUAAAACACGGAGUGAUGAAUUAGAUUAAAAGAUGUCCAUGUCGCCAAGUUGCAAAAACAUGCUAACAAAAAAAGAAGUAGCCUAGUGUUGUGUGAUGUCAUGUGAAUAUUUAGUUUACUGUCAUUUCAUUCAGUGACUUUCUGGGGUGCUGGUCAUUGAUGGUAUUCUGUCCCUACAAAUGCUGGAAAUGUAUGUAACCUUUUAUUUUUUAACACAAUCUCCCCUCAGGAAUUGAUCUAUUGAUUGUUCAAAAUGGCCGUUACACAUGCACACAACACAAACCUGUGGCGUAGAUUUAUGUCUGUCGUUGGUUCCCAAAGAUGUCUGUCAGUCCUGUCCCUCUCAAUGAUGUCUGAGAACAGCAGGUCUACUUGUGUGCCAUCUUGGCACAGACAAAUGCAAUUCCAAUUCCGCAAACACAUUGAAUGUUUUCUUUCCUUGGUUAAAGUUUGAGGGCGUUAUUCUGGGUACGGUUUAAGUCUCAACAAUAUAUUUGACAAUCAUGGGUCAUUUUACUAGUCAGGGAAUCAGAAUGUUUUCGUUCAAUUCUCAAGAGAUGAAACCAUGUGCCCCAAAAUGCAUAUUAUUGACCACAUUUUUUAAGAUGCAUGAUCCAACUUGCAUUAAUUAAGAUAUUAACAGUAUUGGUGAUACUUUUUUCCAACUACAAAUCCUCUAUUGGAUUUUUACCCAUUUGUUCCCUCAUGUGAAAAUUGGUUCUGUGACAUUUCAUUUUAAAAUAUUUUU